AUGGACAUACAUUCAACUCAGAUCUUGGUUGCUCGGGAGAUUAUCCCCACCUUCUCCUCUAUCCCGGAGAUGCUCGAGUGGGCUAGGCUCAGCAUGUUCAGGAUUGUCGCCUCGAAACAUAUGACAUAUGCCUUUUUCACAUUGCUCAUAUACGACCAUAUCCUCACCCUACCGGAGGAGAUUAAGCUCACAUGGUUCGGGCGACCCUCUUUUGUCAAGACGCUCUUCCUGUUCAACCGAUAUAUGGCACCUCUCUUCAUCGCCAUCGACGUUGCGACGUUGAGCGGCACUAUUCACGUCACUGACAAAUUGUGA